ACUGCACAACUGCUUGACAUGAAACAUAAGCAGCUGUCAGAAACGCUGGGAGCUCUUGAGCAGGAGAAGGAGGCAGCUGAAUUAUCCCAAUUUGAAAAGAGCCGGCAACGUGUAGAGCUUCAUGAAAAGGUGCUACAGCUGGAGAAGGACCUGUUGCAAAUUAGGUCUGCUUUGGACAGAGGAAGCUCAACUGAAAGAUCUACUGGCUCGCUCAGCAGAACAUUAUCGAUGAGUCAAGAAGACUUUAACAGACAGGAGAGGCACAGUGUUGACGUAGAGCUGUGCAAGCUGAGAGAGGGUCUGAGAGAUGCUGAGGCGAGGGCAAAGACACAAGAAGAAGAACGAAACCAGGCUCUCCAGAAACUCCAGAUUUCUACAGAGACAAAGCGGACUCUGUUGAGUCAAAUAGCGGAGAUGAAUCAAAGAAGACAGAAUCACUCUGAAGUGCAAGAACAGCUCAGUGAAGCCAACAACAAGAUCAGCCAAUCAUGCCUGGAAAAAGCCAUCUUGUCGACUCAAGUGCUAAAGCUGGAGGAGAAUAUAAAGGAGCUGAAGGCCAAACUGACAGAGGCUCUGUCUGAAGAAGAUCAGCUGAUCCAGGAGAAGGCAGAUCUGCACCAGAGGUCCCAACAAGAUUCAGAGGGUUGUGAGUCCCACAACAACAAACAGGAUGAGGAAACUGUUCUAAUGAAGCGAGAAUUAAAGGCUCUCGGAGAGGUAAAUGAAAAGCUGACAUGUGAGCUUGAGAUAAUUAAGCAGAAACUGAUAACAUCUCAGUCUCAGCUACAGGAGGAAACAGCAGAGACGGUCACCAACUCCAAACGGAUCACAGCUCUGGAGGCAGAACGAUCUCAGCUGAUCAGAGAAAAAGAGGAACGGUUGAGUAAAGUUAAUGAAGGUGGACAAGAGGAGUUAACGGCGAUGAAAGAAAAGUGCCACCAGCUCAGGGAAUCUGAGGAAGUUUUGGAAUUAGAAAAACAGAAACUGCAGGAUCGGUGCACGUAUUUGGAGACUGAGGUCCUCGAGAAGGAGGAGAAGCUAUACCUGCAACAGGUAGAGCAUCGGAAACAAGAUGCAGGGAGAGUCCAGAGCAUCGAGGAACGAAAAGCUGUGGCCGCUCACUGGGCAGAGAAAUGGCAAAAGGUGGCUUUGACCCUGCAGUCCACACAUGAGGAGCUAGAGGAACUCAAAAAGAACAACUCCAGAAAUGAACUCCAAGCGGAAGCUGUACAACUAGCAACAGAGAUUGAAACGCUUAAGAAAGAAGGCCAGAAAGACAAAGAAGAAAUUGAGAAUCUGCUGCAGCACAAAGCUUAUAUGGAGACGAUCCUGUCUAGAGCCAAGAAGGAAUCAGACUCACUGCUGAAGGUUGAACUUGUCGCAUGCAAACAAGAGCUGGAGCUGGAGAGGAGCAGGACUCUGCUUCAAAGGCAUAAAGAUAAAGGAGGCGAUGCCUUGGCACUGACUGAGGACACAGAGACACAGACGGACUUAUCAGAAUCCUCUUUGUUAUGGGAGCCGUCAUCAGACUCCCACAGCAGCCAAAACAAAGCCUCUCAGGCCUCUGAAGAUCAAGAGGAUGGAGGUCAAGCAAAUGUCUCAACCAGUGACUCACUGAGGGCCCAGCUGGAAGAGAGCAGGAGUGGUGUGAACCAGCUGCAGCAGGAGGAAACACUGGCAGUCCAGAAGCUUCAAACACUGAGGCAGCUGUACCCGGUUAAAGAUAAGAAACCAUCUGUUGAAGGCAGGAAGGAUAAACCUGUCUGUCCAGUUAAUCCAGAGACGGACCAGCAGAAGAGGAUGGUCACUGAGCAGUUAAAGAGUCUGUUUAAAGAGCGAGAAGGAAAGGAGGAGGAAAGGCUUGACAACAGAUCAGCAGCAGGCCAGACUGGAGCUUCCUCAAUACAAGACUGGUCCCAAACAUCAAAGGUUGUAAGGAAUUUAGUGGACAGGAGGAGCUGGCAGCAUGGCUCAGGUUUGAUGCCAGUGUUUGAGGAGGAUGAGGAGGGCAGCGAAUGGCCAGAAGAGGAGGCUCAUGCUGAGGAAAACCUCCACAACGAAAGCCAACAGAUGUCAAGUGCAGAAAACCACAAUCUGAAGGCGAAACAUAAGAAUCUGCUGCAAGCCACACUAAGGUGCAAGCAGCCAAUCCAGGACUGCCCUCUUACUGCAGAGAAACUAUCAGAGUCUUCUUACUGUUCAAAUGAGAUUGACCCGCAACAGAAGAGGCCACCUUCCCUCUAUCCUGAUGGAAUAUUUCUGGCUGAGUUUGUAGAUAUCUGGAGCCCCGAUGAAGAUGAAGAGGAGGGAGAGGACAAAUAAGGUGUUUUGUUAAGACUCCUGGGCAGAACUUGCUAUAUACAAAUCUAUACCGUACAUAGCCCAGUCAUUACAGCGUGCUGCAUCAGCCAACUUUGUGCCGUAAGAGCUUGUACUUUAAUUUAAGGACUAAUUCACUUCAGCCAUUUAAAACCAAGAUUCUGCCUUCGGUGAUACUUGGUGGAAGCUUUUACCUCAGACAAUCUGUUAAUAAAAGCCACCAAGCAGGCAAAAGUGUGUUUUAUUCAUAUCAAAUGAUAAUGAUAUUACAUUUAUUUUUUAAGUAAAUCCCACAACAUAUUU